UUCGCUCGAUGAUCCCUCGCAUGAAAAUCUACAGAUCAAUCGAUUUCGCUCUACAGAAAAGGAGUUUAAUUUUUCAAGCGUGAAAGUGACGAAUGGAUCGCGUGUUGGCUCUUUGCGGAUGAGGAACUUGCAUCGGUGAUAAAGUGCAAAUAAAAGGGGAACUAAUGACAAAGAAUUUUCAUUUCAGUUUGUCAGAUUGAUCAACGUCGGAAAUCAAACGAGGAGCGACGAAUGAAACAUUUUGAAACUUGGGAAAAAUACAAUUGCACAUUCUAAACAGACGUUUUUCCGCGACGUCGCAACGUCUCGGGAAGUCAAUGGAUGAAUUUGGAAAAGUAUAAAGAGAUAAAAAACGUGAAGAAGUAGUCGAAGAAAGCAGAAGCGAUGAGCCGAUAAAAAAUCGUCUAAGAACCGAUGAAUCGACUAAAAAAUCUAAAUAUAAGAUGCAUUCUGGGAACAGAGUUGUAUUGAAUGUGGGUGGUGUACGUCACGAGACGUAUAAAGCAACAUUGAAGAAGAUACCAGCGACCAGACUCUCGAGGCUUACCGAAGCACUUGUGAAUUACGAUCCGAUACUGAACGAGUACUUUUUCGAUCGUCAUCCCGGAGUCUUUGCUCAGGUACUUAAUUACUAUCGCACCGGAAAGCUUCAUUAUCCGUCUGACGUCUGUGGACCUCUUUUUGAGGAGGAGCUCGACUUCUGGGGACUCGAUUCCAAUCAGGUUGAGCCCUGCUGUUGGAGCACGUACAGCAUACAUCGUGACACUCAGACGACAUUGGCGAUAUUGGACAAAUUAGAGGUGGACAGUGAGCCACUCGAGGACAAAGAAGUUGCUCGUUUGUUUGGUUUCGAGGAGGAUGAUAAUAGGAGGGGAAAUUUAACGAGAUGGCAGCGAUUGCGUCCUCGUGUUUGGGCAUUGUUUUACGAGCCUUAUUCAUCGACCCUCGCCAAAUUGAUAGCGUCCAUCUCGGUCCUUUUCAUUUGUCUGUCGGUCCUGUCGUUCUGCCUUAAAACCAAUGAGGCAACGAGAGAGCUUCGGGAUUCACGAACGAUCAGCGAGGACACGGGGGCGCCGCUGCGUCGUAUUAAUUCAACAGGAAAUGGCAUCGAACAUAAAAAUCGGCUGGACGAGCAUGUGACGAACAAUCCGAUAAAGGGCAUCGAGACUCACAGAUUUUUUUAUUAUCUCGAGCAUGCCUGCAACGCCUGGUUCACUCUCGAAAUGAUAACGCGAUUUUUGGUGACUCCGAGUUUCAAAAGUUUUCUCGUCUCGCCCUUAAACGUCAUCGACAUGGCGGCCAUUUUAAGUUUUUACACCGAGCUAAUGAUCACCUCGAGUGGCUUCCUCGAAGUCUUUUCCAUCGUUCGGGUACUUCGAUUAUUCAAGUUGACGAGACACUCUCUAGGCCUGAGAAUUCUCAUGCAUACUUUCAAAGCCUCUGCCAAGGAACUCACCCUCCUCGUCUUUUUUCUCCUCCUCGGCAUUGUACUUUUCGCCUCACUCGUCUUCUAUGCCGAACGACUACAGGAGAACCCGAAAAACGACUUCCACAGUAUACCCGGUGGACUUUGGUGGGCACUGGUAACCAUGACGACCGUAGGAUAUGGUGAUAUGACACCAAAGACCUUUCCAGGAAUGUUGGUCGGUGGCCUGUGUGCUCUCGCCGGUGUACUGACUAUCGCACUUCCGGUUCCUGUUAUCGUCAGUAACUUCUCGAGGUUCUAUUCUCAUACACAGGCGCGUAGCAAGUUGCCAAAACAACGAAGGAAAAUAUUGCCGGCAGAGGGACCUCGCCACGGACGCAGGAACAAACAACAACAUUAUCCUAAUCAAAUUGACAACACCGCGACGCACCAGACCUCACUCGUGACCUCGAGGAACCGGAGAAAUGUUGCUCCAUUCAUGCCACGUCCUCCUACCAUCGCACUCGAGAUUGCUGCACAGUUGCAGGUCAUCCAAACCACCCCGAGCUCGAUUCAUCUUCCGGAGUCACGUGGCGAUCCAUCGGACGCGGAGUUUACCAAUCGAGGAGGCUUAUCGAUCGUGGGAGGCUCGGCGGACGUGGAUGAAGGGGUCGAUAACGAAGUUUCGAAUAAUCCCGAGCUCGACGGAGAAAUUCGUCGAGGCAAUAAACGUGAAAUAUUAACAAACGAAUAAAUAAUUCCUCUUGUGCUUAUC